AUGGAUGAUGAGGAGAUUGGAGAAGGAGAAUUCGUUGUGGAGGCCAUCCUUGGAGAGCGUUACAACAAAAGGAAAAGAAUGAAGGAGUAUCUACUGAAGUGGAAAGGAUACAGUGAUGCAGAAAAUACAUGGGAACCUGAAACUAAUCUGGACUGCGAUGAAUUAAUUGCAGAAUUUCAUGCGCAGCAAAAAGAAACUUGGAGAAAGCAGCGAAAUGAAUUAUGGCAAAACCUGAUGGGCAUUACAAGUUCUAAAUCAAAAUCACGAAAACCGUUACCCAAAAUGAGCUGUUCUGGAAGUCAUAGUCCCACGUUUGCGGACCCUGACUGCUAUAAUAUUCCAUCACAGGUUUCGCAUGCUUCUCGACCCGGCGUCACUUGUUCAGCCAUUUCCUUGAAGCGUCCAGCUUCCGAGGAUUUGUGUCGAACAGAAGACUACAUUUAUUCAAGCGAAAGUGAAGAUGAUGAGAGGAGUCGACAACUAAGAAUGCGUCCUCCUCCUGGUGAAAGUGGAAUGGAAAAAGGUUGGGUGCCAGAAGUGAUCGUCGCAGCUUGCCAACCAGAAGACGAUUUCCCUCUUACGUACAUUGUUAAAUAUAGACAUAAGAAAAAAUUUGAAAGGGUACCAAGUUCAAUAUGUACCAAGUAUUGGCCACAGUUAGUGAUUAGCUUCUACGAACGCGAGGUGCGUAAGCAAGAAAUAACAGUGGAUGAUGAUAAUUAUUUGCCACUUUGA